AUGGACGUAGAGUGCCAUAAUUGUGGAGUAUUACACUGGGAUACCGAGAGACUCACAAGUUCCUCCAGGAUCCAUCUAAAAUUUGGUGUAUACUGCCUUCAAGGUCAAGUUAGGCUGGAUCAUUUCCAGGAAGCACCUGCUGCUCUACGCCAUCUGUUCCGUGGGGUUGACAUUACUGCACGUGAAUUCCGUGACAAAGUCCGCUCAUACAACAAUGCCUUUGCAUUUACAUCUUUGGGUGUCAAUAUAGACCUUGCUGUCACAAGUGCUGCAGGACCUUAUAGUUUCCGUAUCCAUGGAGGCCUUCAUCAUAGCAUCAGCGCAUUCCAUCCACCUGAAGGUGAAACUCCCUCUUUUGGCCAGCUUUACAUUCACCACCCACAGACUGCUCUUUCUCUACGUAAUGAGAAUACCCAGGGGCAUGGCACUACACCAGCAACCAUGCUGGAGAUCCAGAAUACCCUGAAGCAAUUCAAUCCAUUCAUCCCUUUGUACAAGCAAGCUUAUCAGAUUAUCAUGGAAAAGCCUGAAGCAGAACGUGCCAAAAUAACAGCCCAUAUAGCUCUUGACCAAACUCUGGACCAACAUUGUUAUAAUCUUUCUACUGCAGAUGAAGUUGCUGCUGUUAUCCCUGGAGAUGGAGAACAAGAUGUUGAUGAGCACCGUGAUAUUGUUUUGCGGCUGAAAUUUGAUCAUGGUGGUGGUCUCAAGCAUAUCAGCCAUUUGCGACCCCUUUAUUCACCUCUGCAUUAUAUCCUCCUAUUUCCCUUUGGAGAACAAGGGUGGCAUAGGACAAUACGGUCUAUUCAAAAUGCUGAUGGAAAUAUAUGCAGUGAAUAUGUCUCCCAGCGGUGUUAUUAUGCAUACUAUCUCCAUCCCCGAGGAGCCAAUCAAUCUAAUCUCUUCUAUGGUGGAAAGCUACUUCAGGAGUAUUGUGUUGAUGCAUGGGCUUCCACAGCAGGAAGUGAAUUGAAGUGGGUCCGUCAUCAUCAAAAAGACAUAAGGGCAAAUCUUUACCAAGGCGUUAAAGAUGCUAUGGAUCGAAAUGAUGGGAAAAUAGAUUUGGGUCAACAGGGCCAGAACAUUGUCCUACCAUCUUCUCAUUCUGGCAGUACACGGCACAUGUACCAGCUCUUCCAGGACUCCAUGGCUAUAUGUCGCCACUGCCAUAAACCUGAUAUUUUCCUUACAAUGACAGCAAACACCAACUGGCCUGAAAUUCAAGAGGCAUACAACAAUGCCGGUGAAGUAGAUGAUGACCCCAAUAUGCCUACAAGAAAACAGACUGCUGCAGACCGUCCUGACAUUUUUGCACGUGUCUUCUAUCAGAAAAAAAAGGCACUGUUGAAGGAAGUCAAAGAUGGGAUCUUUGGAAAGACUUCGGGAUCUGUUUACACUGUGGAAUACCAAAAGCAGGGUUUCUCACACAUGCAUCUUCUCAUAUUCUUGGAAGAUCAAUAUAAAAUCUGUGAUGGCACCUGUAACAACCAAGAGUUAUUUACUCCGGCGCACACAGGAACACACUAA